UGGAGUACCGACUACCGAUACAAAUAAUAAUUGAGAGACACGCUCUCUAUUGGAGCAUUUCUAGGCACUCUCUCGGUGUCUCUCACUCCUUUCCUUUUUCUUCUUCACGGAGAAGAACUGAAGGCCUUGAUUGUGCUCUGCUCUGUUCUGUUCUGUGUUCAGUUAAUCAGCAAAGUUAUAUACAAACCUCAAAGUUUGGAAGGGGCUUUGAGAGAUAGAUUUUUGCAAUGGAUGGUGAUACAAAUUCAAACCAUUCAACUCCUCUCUUAACAAACAAAGAUGAAAAAUCUCCAAUAACAUUCUGUACAAAAUUAUGGGAAGAAAACAAAAUGGUAUGGCAGAUUGCUGGACCAUCCAUUUUGACUUCAAUCUUUCAAUACUCUAUGGCUUUCGUUACUCAAACUUUGAUUGGUCAUAUUGGUACUCUUGAACUUGCUGCUGCUGGUCUUCAAAACUUAGUCGUCUCUGGUAUAAGCUUUGGAAUCAUGUUGGGGAUGGGAAGUGCUGUAGAAACAUUAUGUGGACAAGCGUAUGGAGCAGGAAAAUUGAGAAUGUUAGGGAUUUACUUACAAAGGUCAUGGCUGAUUUUACUUGGAACGGCAGUGCUAUUAACAUUAGUUCCUGUAUUUGCAACACCAUUGUUAUUAUUGUUCGGUCAAAAUAGAGAUAUUGCAGAAUUGGCUGGUACAUAUUCAAUAUGGAUGAUUCCAGAAAUGUAUAUGUUUGCGCUGAAUUUUCCGAUGCAAAGGUUUUUACAAGCUCAAAGUAAAGUGGGGGUCAUGGCAUGGAUUUCACUUGGGGUGUUAGUAAUUCAUUUACCAUUGAGUUGGUUUUGUAUCACGAGAUGGGGUUUAGUUGGAGCUGCUGUUUCUUUAAAUUUCUCAUGGGUGUUAGUGGUGAUUCUUCAAUUCGCUUAUAUUGCUUCUCCAAGUUGCAAGGAUACUUGGAGUGGGUUUUCAUGGUUGGCUUUCUCUGAUUUGCUUGGAUUUCUUAAGUUGUCUUUGGCUUCAGCUGUGAUGCUCUGCUUGGAAUACUGGAUUUAUAUGGUUUUGAUUGUAUUUGCGGGACUACUUAAAAAUGCUGAAAUCAAAGUUGAUGCUGCCUCCAUCUGUAUGAAUAUCGAAGGAUGGAUAUUUAUGGUACCGCUGGGUUUUAUUGCUGCUGUCAGCGUAAGAGUCUCGAAUGAAUUGGGAGCGGGAAAUGCAGCAGCUGCAAAGUUCUCUGUUUGGGUUACAGUCUCAAUUGCGCUAGUGACACAGACUGCUUUUGUUCUCCUAAUUUUGUUCACAAGAAACAGCUUCCCAAAACUAUUUACAGAUGACAAGGCUGUUAUGAAAGAAGUUAGUACAUUAGCUCUGUAUUUAUGUGUCUCAAUCUUCCUUGGCAGCAUCCAACCCGUUUUAUCAGGUAUGGCCGUCGGAGCUGGUUGGCAAGGUGCUGUGGCCUAUGUAAACAUUGCGUCUUACUAUCUCAUUGGGUUGCCCAUCGGUAUCUUUAUGGGAUUCAAAUUAGAUUGGGGCCUAGAGGGACUUUGGAUUGGCAUAUUAGUUGGGAUUGGUCUUCAGACAGUCAUUCUCUUAAUAAUGGCUUGGCGUACAGAUUGGGACAAUGAGAUCGAAUUAUCGAAAGAGAGAAUUUCAGAUGCUGUAGGUUCAGACGAGGAAGACAAGUCAUCUCACUGAAACAUUUUUUGAGCUACUCUUGCUUCAUUAGUUUUAUUCUUCGCCUUCAUUGUAGAGCUAGAAGAUCAAGUUUUAUUGGACAGACUGAGAAGUUUUGUGAUGGGGGUGGUUAACGAGUACAUCUGAUGGCAUUGAGUUAUUGGGUGACAAAUAUGUACUUGACAAAUUUUGAUCAAAAUGAAAUGCUUAAACUCCAUUUUUUUUUUGGUCUCAA